AUGGCGGACUCUCAGCAGCAGUGUCCAGCCCCUCCAAAUAUCGUGAAGCAGAUAUGGGAUGUGUUCGUUGUGGAUGGCGAGCAUUAUUCUGCAACAAGGAUAGUGCUGGGAUGGUUCUUUGCCGGCUGGCUGCUUGGACUGUUCACAUAUUGGGCAGCAAGGCGAAUCCGCUUUAGAUUAAGGAGGGCUCUCGCAGAUGCUGAGUUCGACGCCUUCUGGGAGAGCAGCAAGCAGAGCAGCAACCCAAUCCCCAAGGAGAGGAGCAACCCCAGCAGCACCCCCAGCAGCACCCCCAGCAGCAACCCAAUCCCCAACCUCAGCAGCAACCCAAUCCCCAACCCCAGCAGCAACCCAAUCCCCAACCCCAGCAGCAACCCAAUCCCCAACCCCAGCAGCAACCCAAUCCUCAACCCCAGCAACAACCUCGGUGGCCUAAUGUUGGAGUGA